ACUUUUUUCAUCUUCAGCAGCGGAGCCACUACAUUGGCUUUCAAAUGAGUCCAAUAACUCUCCUUUGGAGGUGUUAAGGAAAUAUUUUGAUCCCGCAUACUGUGUAUUCUCCCCAUGCUUUGUUCCCAGCACAUUUCCGCACAAACCGCAGAUUUUCUGUCUUCUCUAUGGGAACGGCCGAUGGGUGCUGCGGCCAAGUUUUUCCAGUCCAGGAGGCCCGGAAAGCCACAAAGUGUCUGUUGUGCUGCUGAAGUGCUGCUGAAUCCUAUUCAUAUGUAAAUGCUGUAAUCUGUCGGAGAAUGUGGAGAAUACUAACGAGGAGCGACAGCAAGGCAAACCUCCAACUUUUCUCCAGAAGUGCCCACCUAAAAAACAAAAAAGCGUUCGACGCUCCAGGGAAAUUGCGCACCUCUUGGUGGCGCGCGCUUUUGUUUUGAUCUAUGCACCGCUUCCUAAAUGCGCCUGAUUUACCCCACAGAUCCCCCCUUGUUUUCAGUGCCAGCCAACGCAGUUAUGCCAGUUAUAUACAAUAGGGCGAAUGUGUGGAGGGUCUGUCAGAGGACGACACUGUGCUCCUGCACUCCUGUCGUCAGUGGACCACUGUAACGGCCCACAGCUUAGAGGAGGGUCAUUACGUCAUUGGGCCCAAGAUUGACAUUCCGCUGCAGUACCAGGGUAAAUUCAAGUUACUGGAUGAGGACCGAGACGUCAGGGACCCUGUCCAAUAUUUCUCCAGUGUGGAGGAAGUUGCUGGAGUCUUCCCUGACCGGGUCUUCGUCAUGGAGACAAUCACAUUCAGUGUCAAGGUGGUAUCUGGGGAGUUCAGUGAGGACAGCGAGCCCUACAGCUUCACUUUGCAGGCUGGAGAUGAACUGUCAUUGAUGGGCAAGGCAGAGCUCCUGUGUGCAACGCCCCCAAAAGAAAAGACGGGGCUGAGCGCACUCUUGAGACGGUUGGGAAAGACUCCAAGAAGUAAAACACCCUGUCUAGUGUGUAUGAACCAUCGCACCAACCAGAGUGUCAGUUUGCCCUUUGGCUGCAGGGGACGCUUUUGUACGCGUUCCCCCCUGGAGCAAGGCAUGCUGGGAGGGGAGCAUACAGUGCGCAGCAUCAUUGAGAGAGUUCGCCUGCCUGUAAACGUUUCUGUGCCGUCCCGUCCGCCGCGGAACAUCUACGACCGCCAUGCCGUGCGAGAAGGACACCGUUACAAGCUGCUCAACAUCGUCAGCAAGACAGUGGUGCUGUGUUUGGUUCUUCGGCGACAGGAAGUUUCCCCCUCACACUUCCUGCUGCUGCGCUGCAUGCCCCGUUUUAACGUGGCGGAGGCUUCUGUUCAUACAGCAGCUCUAGAGAGCCUCCUGCUGAGGCACGCCUUCGACCCGGACGCCUACUCGCGGGCUGUUCGAGAAACGCGGCCAGAGCUGGAGUGUAUGACAGAGGAGUGUGUGAGCCCUCGGCGCUCUCGCCUGUGUGUGUCAGGUCAAGACUCGCUGGCCCCGGCACUGCAGCGCUUCUCAAUGUGUGGAUACGUAGGUGGGGUUUCAGAAAACCUAUCACAACGCUGCAGGGACUCUGUAGGAGAGCGGCUGGGGGAGGGACCUGGCGAUGAGAGGGAGUAUGUGACUCCUGAGUGGAGUGAAGAUGAGUUGAGGACCAGUGAGGAGAUCCCCUAUGAAGAACUAUGGACCAAUCAGAACGCAGAGAGUUUGGGAAAAGAACCAAACCUUAUAUCCUUUCACACGUCUUCCUCUUUGGACGGUUCUCUUGGUACCAUGGUGACAACAGUGUCUAGCCCACCACCUAUACCUCCAAAAUCUGAUGCUGUGAGGGAGGAGUGUCGCUACUUGCUCGCCCCUCCGGUGCCACCACGCUGCUCUAAAGGAGGCUCCAUCUCCAGUCCAGUCCCAAGCCCUCCUGUUCCACCUCGGUUCCCUAAAACCUCCACUUCCCCAAGAUCAAACCUCUCCUUCUACUCCUCCGGACUGCAUGACAGCUCCUCGCCCUCCCCGGGCGCCACCCUCUACUGUUACCCUUGUUCCUGGACUGACUGUCCUGCUCCUAAUCAAGCCAUUCCUGAUCCGGGCUCUGGAGUCUCUGCAGACAACACAUCUAGCCCACAGCCUGCACAGGCCACCUGGGCCGAGCCGUGGGUAGAGCCCUUCACAUCCCCCACACCUCGGCUCAGGCCACCACCCCCACAGAGCAGAUUUGCACCGUUUGGCGCGUUAAACCCAUUUAACCGCCAGUCGCCUUGCCCUUCACCCGAAACUGUUACCAAUCCUACGAAUGAUUCUUCCAGAGGCGCAGAAGGCGGUGGGACAUCAACAAGUAGGACUGAUGGAUCCUCUCCUCCACCUGACUCCACCUGGAGGCCUCCUACUGACCUUUCUGUACUAUCAUUGGAGGAAGUCUCAGCAUGCCUGCGUUUUAUUGGCCUACCAGAGGCAGCAAUCGCCAUCUUUCAGAGGGAGCGAAUAGACGGCAGCCUUUUGGUGCAGCUGACUGAGGACAUUCUGUCACAUGACUUCCACCUGAGCCGUCUCCACGUGACUAAAAUCACACAAUUCAUACAGGGAUGGAGGCCCAAAAUUUAAACCUCAAUAUCCUGAUACUGUGCCUGUUGGCUACUCAGCCAUCCUGAAUGUGCCUUCCACUGUGACCCACGGGCUGCUGAGCCCCCCUUGCUUGAAGCCUAAGGAAACCACGCCCCACUGUGGUU